CAUUGAAAGUAAAUUUCGAAAUGGGUUACAAAAUUCUAACUAUAACUCUGUUAGUAUUAGUUGCAUUUCACAUGCCUAAGAACUCACAAGCGAAACAAUAUGUUUCUCACAAAAACUGCAAUUAUAUGAAAAAAGGCACUAUCAUAGCAAAUCCUGCCAAUUGUAGUCAAUUUAUUAUAUGCAAUGGUUUACGUUCAACUUUGGGUGAAUGUCCAAAGGGACAAUAUUUCAAUGAGGACAUGUUGUCGUGUAAUAAAAAAAAUCCUAUACAAUGUCGUGAGAAGAUUAUCACCACUACUGGCAGUACAAUUUCCAACACCGAAGAGGAAAAAGUUAAAGAGAAUCAUACAGAGGCUGAAAAUUUUAUACGACCAUUUUGUUUUCCUUCACAAACUUAUUACAUUCCAUAUCCUUUCAAUUGUUUCUACUAUUAUGAGUGUAAAAAUGGUGUUUUAACACUUAAACGUUGCCGUCUUGGUUUUACUUUUGACUGGAUUAAGCGUCGUUGUGUAUUGUCACAAGCUGAAGCGAUAUGUUAUGUUUAUGGCCAAUAGUUAUUAAGUUAAAUGUUUAAUUAAUGUUAAAUUUUAUAUAAUUAAUUAUGAUUCUAUUUAUCCUUUAUCUUAGCCAUUUUAUUGGCCUAACCAGAACAUGUGUAAGUUAUGACUAAUGACAAGAAAUACCUUCAAAUAUAAUCCACAACCUAAAAUUCAUAAUAAAAUACUAGAAAGCAA